AUAAAAUAUGCUUCCUUGCUUCUCACAUAAAGAAAUUCGAUUUGGAGAAGAAACUAGCUAGUGUUUGGUGAAUGGUGAGGUAGUUAUGAUGAUUGAUAAAUUGAAUUUGUUUAUUGUUUGUGAGAUGAUUAGAUGAUGGAAAAGGCGAUGGGAGGGUUGGGAUAUUGCGAGAAGUUGAAGUGGGAAGCAGGGGUGAGGUACACAGAUUUCUUGUUGCGGAUGAAGAAGUCGGAGAAAGAGGCGAGGGUGAAUGGGAUGUGGGAUGCGCCUCACCCUUGGAAGUAUGGGAAGAAUAAAAAAUUGGGGAGGAAACCUUGCGUUAGUAAUUGCCUGGAAAGGGUGUUGGAGAAGAAAGAUGUGUGUGAUGAAUGAGAGAAACGAUUUUAAUUGCAAAAACUGUGUGUGCCGGUCGGUAUAAUUUGCCUUUUAAAAGGCUUGAAGCUGGUGCAGCCACGUAAGCAUGGUCGUUGUAAUAAAAUAACCGUCCCCAACAAAACUCUGGGAUCUCGGGCUUAAGCAAGAAAGAAGCAAUGGCUUUCAAAGCUGUGUUUCGUAUUAUUGAAGGAAGGCAAAGAUGCUCAUCUCUGAGAUUGAUUCCUUCUCGAUGUCUGCAACUACAUCCUCCUCUUCCUCGCCUUGCUUCUUCUCUGAGCUUCACUUCAUUUUCGACUCCUCAACCUCCAGGGUUUAAAUUUGGAGUAAGAGGUAUAAGGGAAGCGGCAGGGAAUCCCGUGAGUCCUAGGAAAGGAGAUGAAAGAGAAUCAUCAGGACCUGAGAACUGGAAGGUUAAGAUGUUGUACGAUGGAGACUGUCCACUAUGUAUGAGAGAGGUGAAUAUGUUGAAAGAAAGAAACAAGAGGUAUGGUACUAUCAAGUUUGUUGACAUAAGCUCCGAGGAUUACUCUCCAGAGGAUAAUAUGGGGCUAGACUACAAAACUGUUAUGGGAAACAUCCAUGCAAUCCUCUCUGAUGGAACUGUAGUUACUAAUGUCGAAGCAUUCAGAAAGUUAUAUGAGGAAGUUGGGCUGGGAUGGGUGUACGCAAUAACCAAAUAUGAGCCUAUUGUAACAAUAGCAAAUGCUGUUUAUGGUGUUUGGGCUAAAUAUCGGCUCCGAGUUACAGGUCGACCACCAAUAGAAGAAGAAUUGGAAUUGCGGAAGAAGAACAAGGAGGAAGUAUGUAGUAACAGAACUGAUUGUAAAGUACCAGUAAAGUAGGUUGUUUGGAAGUUCAGCUUUUGGUUCCUUCCAUCUUCAGAUCACCAAGGAGUAUACAUAAUAAUGUAAACUAUGUAUCAAGCUGCAAACAGAUUGCUGAUCCAGUGUAAGCGAUCCCACGUACUCUGCUACACUCCUUAGAUAUUAAAGCAGAUAUUAUUGGAUGUCACACGGACAAAGCAUUAGGAAAGGUUGGCGUAUUGUACAUGUUUGGAUGUUCUCCUUCAGACCUAUGACAUAAACUUAUAAAUGAAGUGAGCCUCAUUGUAUAAGGGUUGUAACUUGUAAACUGCAGAUGAGAAACUCAUCAUAUUGUUCUUCGACAGAAAUGCCCAUUUUGGGGGGUCAAACCGGCUUUUUCACAAAUGCUCUACCAAACUCUGUCCAUUCAAUUGCUUUCCUACCCUCAUUUUCCAGAAGCUGCCCCUCCUACCUGUUGUGAAGAUCGGGAAUGGGAGAACUCUGAACUCUUCAUCAGACCCCAUUAUUGUGUGGAAGAAAAUCACACCUAAUUAGAAAUAUCUAUCUUGGUGGAUAUUGAUCAUCGACAUAGAGAAGAGUUUUAAUGAUGUUGAUAAAGUCGCAAGGUCGCCACCUUGGUCAAUGCACCUGUGAAGUCAUCUUUUAUAUUUUGGUUUAGUACUCCACCUUCUGUGAGUAUCUCUUGCAUAAAAUGAAAUCUCACAUCACUAUGUCUGGUACCAGGGGCGGGUUAACCAUAUAAUAAGCAUCUCAAAUGAGCCUAGCUACUAAACAAAUACGGAGUAUGGGGACCAAUACAACAAUUCUUGUUGUACACAUUUUACGUUUUACACACUUUUACACACGCAUGUGAAGGCUUGUGAAGACUUUUUGUUUGUCUGCCGCAAACAAAACGUGUUUUGUCUGUCAAAAAAUGUGUACAAAAGGUUUUUUUUCAUAAUUAUACCACGGAAUACGGAGUACUACAAAGUAAAAGACACAGGGAAAGAGCACAAGAAAAGAAGAAAACAUAGAUGAGUUAAGAGGCUAAGGAAAGAAUUAAAGCAUCUACUACGUAUUACUUAACUUGCUCUUUGCUAUCUUGGAUCUUUUAUCUUUCUCUCUCUAAUCUCCAAUUCUCCAAAUAUAUAAUAUGUUAUCUCAAUAUCUAUGUAUGACAUCCUCUCAACACCUCACUUUUUCUUGUUAUGAUAUCUCCAUAUAUUUUCAUUUUAUUCUCCAAUCUCCAUAUCAGUUGAACAUUAAAGGAUAGGUAAGUCCCAAAACCCAAUGCAUAGUAAAAACAACAAUAACGUUAUAAUACUAUCAUUAUCAAACUAUAUACUUCGUACAAAUUUGGCACGUGAACUCCACUAAUUAGAAUAGUGAAGAGGCAGGCAAUUCAUCUGUAUGGUGGGAAGAACAAUUCAGGUGUUUGGGUUCCCACAUCUGAUAUCAGCGGAGGCGGCCAAAACAUGGAUUGAAAAGCACACCACCAAAAGGGGCUGCGUUUAUGCCCUCGAGGUGAAGAUGUCCAAAGGAGCUUCAAGAGCCUACGCCAUUGUGCAAUUCAGCACUAGUGAAAGCUCAGAAGAAAUCAUAAAUUUGGCCAAACAGCACAAGUUGUAUUAUCGUACCUCUUUCUUGACUGCUAAGGAACUGGCGGGCACCCACAUUAUGGAACCCAAGUCUUAUGCCCAUGAAAUGGACAAAGUUGCUGUCUGCUUUGGGUGUCAAACCCGCAGGGAUGGGUUCCACGCGCUUUGGAGAAAGCGGAAUGUCUCCGUGAAAUUCGGGAUUGGAUUCAAGAAUGUGUUCUUGCUCCUCUUUCACGCCUCCACACAGUACAAGCUUCAGCUUUCUCGUGAAGGCAUUUCGAAAAUCACACAAUAUUAUCCACAACAUGAUCAGAAUGCAAAGUUUCUCGUUAUUCAGAUGUUUUCUGCUCCACGGAUCUACAAGAACACUGAAGAAUCCAUUUAUACCUUUUUUAAGGAAACCCCUGAUGAUCGUUGGGUAAGAACAACAGAUUUCACACAAAAUUGUAUCAUCGGCCAAUCUUCUGCCUUGUGUAUGAAUCUUCAUUUGGAUAUAGAAUUACCAAAUCUGUGUGAUGAUUUUGCAUAUGAUAACCAAAUUGUAACUCAUUUCACUAUGGAUUACAGUUCCUCAUUUUCUUCUAAUUCAGUUCUUGCCCCAAUUUUUCAUCCUCCAUUGGGACUUGAGCUACCAUUCAAGUUACAUUUCAAGAUUUGCUCUUUGGUUCAACAUGGAUGCAUUCCAGGGCCAUCACUAAAUGAUGAGUUUUUGUCCUUAGUCGAUCCACGAAAAGUGGAUAUCAGUCUAAUAGAAUAUGCACUGGAGAAAAUGUACAGAUUAAAGGAGUGUUGCUAUGAUCCCGUGAAGUGGCUGACUGAGCAAUAUAGCUGCAAGUUUAAACAUAAGAUCAAAUCCAAUGUAAUCAAUCUGGAUGAAGGCCUUAUGUAUGUACGAAGAGUUAUUGUUACGCCGAUGAGGGUAUACUUCUGCGGGCCUGAUGCAAUUUUAUCUAAUCGGGUAUUACGCUAUUAUUAUGAGGAUAUUGACAAUUUUAUUCGUGUGUCUUUCAUGGAUGAGGAUUGGGAGAGAAUGCAUUCAGUAGAUUUAUCUCCAUAUCCACCUACUAAAGGUGUGGUGGUGAGGACAGAUAUUUUUAACAGGAUAAUGAAAAUACUCGAAAACGGCAUUGUUAUUGGGGACAAAGCAUUUGAGUUUCUUGCAUUCUCAUCAAGUCAGUUGAGAGAAAGUUCUCUCUGGAUGUUUGCAUCUAGGCCUGGGCUUUCUGCUACCGAUAUAAGAUCUUGGAUGGGAGAUUUUAAAAUGAUUAAGAAUGUGGCCAAAUAUGCAGCCAGGCUUGGUCAAUCUUUUGGAUCAUCUAGAGAAACUUUUGUUGUUGGUAAAGAUGAGAUUCAAAUAAUUCCAGAUAUAGAGAUACACAAGGAAGGAAAAAAUUAUACAUUUUCUGACGGGAUUGGGAAAAUCUCAGCUGAUUUUGCUCAAAAGGUUGUGUAUGGAUCUAAUUUGACACAUAGCAUAUGAAUUAAGCAUUAAAUGUAAGAUCCACUUAUCCACUCCUAACACUCUUCCCCAUGAAUUGCCCAAUUUGUAAUAGGUUGCUAUAAAAUGUGGCCUUAUGAAACAUCCCUCUGCUUUCCAAAUCCGGUACGGCGGAUUUAAGGGAGUUGUGUCUGUUGACCCUUCGUCCUCAUGGAAAUUAUCCUUGAGAAAGAGCAUGUUAAAGUUUGAAUCAGAGAACAUCAAGCUGGAUAUUCUAGCUUGGAGCAGAUACCAGCCCUGCUAUCUGAAUCGCCAAAUUAUUACUCUUUUAUCUAGUCUCGGGAUUCAUGAUGAGGUGUUUGAGAAGAAGCAGGAGAAAGUAGUUGGUCUGAUGGACAAGAUGCUCAUGGAUCCAAGCAUGGCGCAAAAAAUUCUAAAGUUGAUGCCAUCAGGAGAAAACACCAAACUUCUAAUAGCGAUGCUUAAUUGCGGUUAUAAACCUCACACUGAGCCAUUUCUCUCAAUGAUGUUGCAAACAAUAAAGGCAUCAAUGGUUGAGGAUUUGAGGACAAGAACAAGAAUAUUGAUACCCGAUGGUAGAUCAAUGAUGGGAUGCAUGGACGAGACUAGGACUCUUGAAUAUGGUCAAGUAUUUAUUAGGUUUUCUAUUGUUGAUCGUGGACGUUAUUCACAAAUCAAUGAAUAUAGCAACAUUUUGGUGGGAAAAGUUGUUGUAGCAAAGAAUCCGUGCUUGCAUCCCGGUGAUGUUCGUAUACUACAAGCAAUUGAUGUGCCUGUUUUGCACCAUAUGGUGGACUGCGUAGUCUUCCCCCAACAAGGAGAUAGCUGCCAUUGGAGUCAUAAACAUACUCCUGGAGUAAUUCUUCUCAUGGAAGAGGAAGGCCAUUGGAGAACACCGGCAGUAAUUCUUCUUGUCGGUGCCCACUAGAGAUUGCGGUUUUCACUGCCGGUGUGCCGCAGCCCGCCACCUGAGUGGCCUGCCGCUGGUGGUUUCCGGAGUAGUCGACGAGCCUCGUUCUUCUUUUCUUUCUUCGAACUCGGCUCUUUUCUUCUGCCGAUCUCAGCUUGAUCUUUCGUCGCUCCUUCACAUAUUGUGCUCCAGAACAUAAGAUUUGCAUAUUGUGCUCCGUAUGAUGGCAGAAUGGCAGCAAGCCUCAUCCAAAUGAAUGUUCUGGAAGUGAUCUGGAUGGAGAUUUUUAUUAUGUUUGUUGGGACCAAGAACUUAUUCCAAGAUCCAUGGUACCACCAAUGGAUUAUACUCCUGCUCCUGUCACUCAACUCGAAUGUGAUGUUACCAUUGAGGAUAUUCGGAAGUACUUCGUAGAGUACAUUAUGAAUGAUAGUUUAGGCAUGAUCUCAAAUGCCCAUGUCGUGGUUGCUGAUAGAGAACCAAACAUGGCAAUGAGUGAGCCAUGCAUGCAACUUGCCCACCUCUUCUCCAUUGCAGUUGACUUCCCAAAGACCGGAGUCCCCGCCGAGAUGCCGCCGAACCUCCGCAUUAAAAAGUACCCUGACUUCAUGCAGAAGCUCGACAAACCUGCCUACAAAUCAACCCGAAUCAUCGGCAAGCUUUUUCGGCAAGUCAAAUCCACACCCCGGAGUUCUGCCGAUCCUUUCACGAAGGAAAGAGCUAAGAAAUUAUACGAUAUGGACAUGCAAGUCGAUGGAUUCGAGGAUCACAUUUGUGAAGCUUUUGAGCACAAGAAACUGUAUGACUACAAGCUCGGUAGCCUAAUGGAUUACUACGACAUAAAAACUGAAGCUGAAAUGGUAAGUGGUCGGAUCACCAAUCCGACCACGAGGUUGUUUGAUCGUCGAAGAGAUUUUGAGGCUGUGAUUUUAGCCUAUAGGUCAUUGAGAAAGGAGGCGAGGUCAUGGUUUGAGAAAGGGAGGAAUAGUGAAUGUUCAGAUGAUUUGAAGGCGAAAGCCUCGGCUUGGUAUCAUGUCACUUAUCACCACACUUAUUGGGGUUGCUAUGAAGAGGAGGAAAUGAGACGUGAGCAUUUUAUUAGCUUCCCAUGGUGCAUCUAUGAGGAGCUGAUUCAAAUAAAAAAGGACAGAUCUAACACAAUAUGGGGUGCUCAAUUUUCUUCACUCGAAUGGACAUGUAAUAUCUGCUAAUUAUAUUCAAAUUUCACGAUGAAAGUAAAUCUUAUCUGAAUGUAAAUAAUGAAAUAACUACUGCCAAGGACAUCCCUAUAAAAGUUCCUCUUUCCUUCCCAUAUUUGAUAUCCAUUUAUCCCAUAUCGUUAAGCUUAGUUUAGAUUAGUAUUAUUCUUACAUUUUCUUGUGUG